AUGCAUGCUUACCCUAAAUAUGAUACGGCGACAACAACAUUGGGCUUUAUUUAUAACAGUGGAGAUGUUAUGGUAGUCCUUGAUCAUUCAAGGACUCGCCGUGGUUCAAGCCUAUCAUCAUAUCCAUGUCCAAUCGAAAAUCUUUGUGUACUUAAUUCGCACCUGCUUGCUGCUGUUUCCGGAGGGAACAAAUAUUUGCACCAAUAUGUGUUCUCUUAUCUGAAAGAGAAGUGCGACAGACAUGCAUGCAUGGUGGGGAAAAGAGCUUCUGCUGCAUAA